AUGUUCCACGGAGGCAUUUGGAGUAAGCUUGAAGGUUAUUACAAGUGGUAUGUGUUAGGCCUCGUGUCUAUCCUCUACAUUCUGGGAGAACUCGGACAUUAUCUUAUUGGUACAACAUCAAAAGUAACAGCCGACGACCUACACUACGGCGACAAGGCGUGCAUGCUGAACUUAACACACGUCUCACUCAGCGAACUACCUGUCGUCUGUGAGAAAGUCAACUCUAGUGAAGUAUGCGGUACAUUAACUCUGAACGGAACACGGUACUGCGAAUGGGGCUACAACGGACUCGGCAUAGAUUACCAAGUGCUCGCCGGUCCAGCUUUCAUGGCAGUGUUCACCGUGGUCGGGAUUAUACUUGGUGUAGUGGCUGACAAGUUCAACCGAGCUCGAAUCCUCUCAUUCUGCACCCUAGUGUUCGUGAUCGCCAUUCUACUCAUGGGCAGCGUAACUGAAUACUGGCACCUCGUCGUUCUCCGUAUGGUAUUGGCAGCAGGAGAGUCUGGCUGCAAUCCUCUAGCCACCGGGAUACUUACUGAUCUAUUUCCUGAACGUCAAAGAGCGCUUGCGCUGUCGAUCUUCAACUGGGGUAUCUAUGGAGGUUACGGUAUCGCUUUCCCAGUCGGAAGGUAUAUUCCUGAACUCAACAUUUGGGGUUUGGGUUGGCGGGUAUGCUACUACGGAAUAGGAGUUAUUGGUCUUAUCAUCACUCUCUUGAGCUUCCUGACUUUGAGGGAGCCUCCUAGGACUACCAUUGGCGAAGAAGGAACUGGUCCAGCGAAGACAAACGACGGUACGGUAGAAGCAGGCAAGAAUAUGCCUCAAGUCACCAUUUGGCACGUCAUCACUCAGCCCAGGAUCGUCCUGCUUUGUAUCGCUGCAUCUAUCAGGCAUUGUGGUGGUAUGUGCUUCGCUUACAACUCAGACUUGUACUACCGCGAUUACUUCCCCGACGUGGACCUAGGAUGGUGGCUGUUCGCCGUCACUGUUGUCAUCGGAUCAAUCGGUGUCGUCAUUGGAGGAAUUAUUUCAGACAAAUACGUAGAGAAGAUGGGCAUUCGAUCUCGUGUGAUGGUGCUGGGGCUGUCUCAGCUCAUCGCGACUCUGCCCGCUUUCGGCUCCGUCAUCUUCGGACCCCUCUGGGCCAUGAUCACUCUCGCUAUCUCCUACUUUUUUGCUGAAAUGUGGUUCGGAAUCGUUUUCACUAUCCUCGUUGAGAUAGUACCACUGUCGGUCCGUUCCACCACCAUAGGAGUGUUCCUCUUCGUCAUGAAUAACGUUGGAGGCAAUCUACCGAUCCUGGUCGACCCAGUCGCUAAAGCAAUCGGCUAUAGAGAAGCCGUUAUGAUCUUCUACGCUGGAUUCUAUGGCAUAAGCAGUAUAUUAUUUUUCCUCACCAUGUUUGUAAUGGAUGGUCCCGUGGAAAAGGCCCCAGUUACUGAAGAACAGGAACCAGAGAACAAACGAACUGGCCUAGACAACAGAGCUUUCACACAAGACGAACAAAACCACAGAAGCUCAACCAGAACCUUGCCAAUCACAACCAGCGAAAGACUGUAA